AUGGUAGUUUUGAUGGAACAUAAUGAAAGAGACAAUAUUUGGAUUUUCUUGAAGCCCCUAAGCUUGGAUCUUUGGUUGACAACGGGGGCAGCCUUCAUAUUUACAGGUUGUGUGAUAUGGGUUCUUGAACACCGAGUAAACACUGAGUUUAGAGGUCCUCCAGAGCAACAACUUGGCAUGAUAUUCUGGUUCUCCUUUUCAACUCUUGUCUUUGCUCAAAGGGAGAAAGUGGUGAACAACUGGACACGUUUAGUGUUGAUUAUAUGGGUUUUUGUGGUAUUGAUCCUGACACAGAGUUACGCUGCAAGCUUAGCCUCAAUGUUAACAGUUCAGAAAUUGAAACCUUUAUUUACUGAUAUAGAAGAGAUCAAAAGGAAUGGUUGUUAUGUAGGAUAUCAAAAUAAUUCAUUUAUUAAAGGGUUUCUAACAGAAAAUUUAGGGCUCAAGGAGUCCAUGUUGAAGGCUUACAAAACCAUUGAGCAGUAUAAUGAUGCACUAUCCAAAGGAAGCGACAAUGGUGGAGUCGCUGCCAUAAUUGAUGAAAUCCCUUACCUCAAACUGUUCAUCGCUAGGAGCUGUUCCAAGUACACCAUGGUUGGACCAACCUACAAAACUGACGGAUUUGGCUUUGCCUUCCCGAAAGGGUCACCUCUAGUCUCCUACAUGUCAACGGCAAUCUUAAAAGUCACUCAAGAAAAAAGUUUGAUGGAUUCAAUUGAGUCCAAGGCCUUUACAAACCAAACCAUCUGUGAUGAUCAAAGUGCCAAAAUUUCUUCAGAUGGUCGAAGCCUCCAUGUGUACAGCUUUGGGGGACUCUUCAUCAUUGCAGGUGCGGUCUCCGUGUUUUCACUUCUGAUGUACAUGUACAGCUUCCUCUGCUCACAUUGGCCUACAUUGAGGGCGAUGAUAAGUUCUGAGAGCUCAUUUUGGUCUAAAUUGGUUGAAUUGGCAAAGCAUUUUGACAACGAAGAUCUCAGUUCGCAUCAUUUGAAGCGAAGAACAUCCAGAGUACAUGUCGUGGAUACUCCUGAUGAUCAAGCUAUAGGCGCUCUACCUGAUGCAAAUGACAUGCAUAACCAUAUAGUAGUGACCAACGAAACAGUGGAGAACAAUAUUGAUCCAAAUGAAAAUGAUGAAAAUCUUUCAUCUGGGCAUAUUGAUUCUAUUGUAAAUCAGUAA